GAUGGAGGCAGGUUCAAACUGUCUGCUGCUGUGUGUGAAGACCUAGAUGGCAACUCGUCUGUCAUUUGUGGCGUGUGCUCAUCCAGGAUGCCUACUGCUGCUGAUAGGAGUGAUUUCGAUCUACCUGCCAGAGGCGCAUACCAGGGCCGUUGACUUUUGGUGCAACGUUCAAGUCAGGCAGAAGAUGUUAGAAAGGAUCGACUCGAAGGCUGGCGGUGGGUGCUCAGACGUGCUGCCCUCUCCUGUGCAGCUUCCUUGUGUGGGGAUUAACGUAGCAGAGUGGAGAAAUAAGACCCUCCAGCAGAAACAUGCAGAGGUAUUGGAAGCCCUCCAACUUUUUCAACAUGGUGUGCAGCAUGUUAGAAAUCAGACCAGCUUGAAGUGCCUGGAGCGCCUUGAACGCAGCAUCACAGAUCACGUGAACAUUGUCAGCAACGUUCUUGUACAGAAUGAUGACUUGACAUAUCCUCAUCAACCGGCCGAAAUGUGUCCCAACAAAACCAGCCCCAGUGAAGUGGUGACCGCAUACAAACGGCUACUUAACGGAAAGCUGAACCGCCUUGCAAUGGACCUCAAACACACGGUCUGCAAAGCAAAGUAAAGGACAAUCAACACUGACCAAAAGACCUGAAAGAGACCUUAGCUGGACUGAGUGUUACUACAGUGUUGUUUUAAGUGACAGUGCGCACCGACGGGGUCUGUCAUGUUGACAAAGACUCAAGAAGAAGAAAGGGAUGCAGUUGGACCUGCCUGUUGGAAGAACAUUGGGCUAACUGCGCGAACUGAAUCAUGAAUAUUUUGUGUUGCUUUAUGGAAGCAUUACUUUUGACAUUUUGGGUGUGGCGAGCUGCUUUUUUUUAUUUGUUUUUUUGGAGCCAGGGGCAACAUCCAGGGAACUGACCUGAUCAAGAAACUGAUCCGUGGACCCACACUUAAACUGAAUGACAUUUGUGCCAGUUGCCUGUUAUGAGGUUCAUCCGUCCACUAUCUAUACCGCUUAUCCUGGGAGGGUGACGGGGCCCAGCGGCCUAUCCCAGCUGACAUUGGGCAAGAGGAAGGGUACACCCUGGACAGGUUGCAAGUCCAUCAGAGCCUGUGAGUGAGGACGUUAUGAUUUAAAUCUCAUCAUUCCCACAAUUCAGUCUCUUCAGGUCUCUUAGAGCGCAUAAGCUAUGUACAAAUGAAUAUGAAUUCAUCUGAAAACUUUAAAAUAAAAUGUUAAUAACGCCUGUUGGCAGGUGCACUGAAAAUGACAUGUAAGAAGAAAUGAAAUGUUUCAUUGCAAGUGUUUAAUUGUUUGAGUUUCUUUGGUUUGGUAAUAGAAUGCUCACAUGUGCUAAGUUAAAAUAGUGUUAAAUGUACAGUUGUGGGUCUGUGUUUGUAUGGCACUCAUUGGAGUGUUGAAGUCUUUGAGGUGACAACACACCAGUGGUAAUUGAAGUAAAGCUUUGUCUCUGUGGUAGGUUUUGCAAGUAUUCACCAUAGUUAUAUACAAAAUAAUAGUCAAACCUGUAAUAAACUGGGCCUUGGCCAACAGGCUGAUGGACUUGAAGAGACAUGUUGCUUAUCAUAACUAGAAUCUUACCUGUAUGUUACCUAAAAAAAAGCUAUUUGUAUUGACAUGGGAAACUUAACUGGGAAAACUCACAGAUGUUUCUGGGACUUGUCUGAGAGAUUUCCUUCUGACUGAAAUGCUGCUUUUGCAAAAUCCCACUAGCAUGACUUAAAUUUUAAAGUGGGAUGACCAACGUGUGCUAAAAUUGGUGGGUGCAGUUCACUGCGUAUUUUUACUUCUUGUAAUGGGCUAUGCAAUGCAAACUAUGACUGUAGCACCCUCUGUAGGCACUGGAUGAGGAGCUCCCUGUGCUGUGUUUAGCUAAUGUUCAUUUUAUUUGAUCUGCUCUUCACCGUGAGCUAUGGCACGCGUGCACUGUUAAUCCUGUAGAUUUUUGUGUCCUGACCUGCAUCAAAAACUUUUAGGAUGAAUGUUGUCAUCGUUGAAAAUCAGAAGUUAAAGAGGAAACAUUCCUCCAAAUCAGCUGUUUAAAAUGUUUGGCGAUACAGUUUAAAAUGUAUUGGACUAUUUUCCUCCCCUCUUCACUAUUAUGAAAGUCAAAUGUGAACUGUUGCAUGCAACUGCAAAUCAGGGAAGCUAUCGUGUAAGUGCUCAUAUGAUAUAUUUGCACUGAGAGAGCAUUUCUCUGAAUUACUUUGAAAUAUUCAGACGACACUGUGUAUGUAUUUUCUAAAUAUGCUCUAUAUGCAAUAUACGCAUAGUCAUGUAAGAUAUAUGUGUAUGUGUGUGAUAGAUAAUCUUAACUUGUACCGUCUUAAAAUGACUUCCAGACUGACAAUCGGCCUUUGUUAUGUGUUAUGUAUUUCCAGACUGAUUCAGUCAGCCUGGGCAUUAAUUUGAUCACAAUUUUGCUUGGAACCACUGUCACCUUAAAGCUGGAAGGGUCCUGGCUCAAAUCUUGCAUAAUCUUGAUGACAGGGUUGUAUCUCUAUGCGUUUCUCUUCAUGUCCUCUGGACUUUUGCUUUAGUCCCUGAAUGGGACUCAGAUUCAUAGCGUUCAGUACAUUUUCAAUGGCUACAUUACAUUAUUGAUCUAAGCCAUUUCUAAAUGUGAGUUGAGGAGGUGGGUGUGGGCAGCCUGUGACAGCACUACAUUUAACUUUAUUACAUUUCCACUUCUCAAUGCUGUUUCCUUUUUGUGCAUUGAUGAUCUAAAUCUUUAUGAUGAAUAUUUCUUGAGCAUGUGUAGUUAUAUAUAUAAAUAGCUGGUGAGCAAAGGCACGGCGUGAGAAUGUUUAAGAUGUGUGCGUACUUGAUUUCCUACAAAUAACUGAUGCUUCAGUCUGGUUUGCUGUUUUUGCUAAAUAAAAAGGUUUUGAAAGAAGCG